CUCUCUCUUCCCCUCCUCCUCCUCCCUCCUCCUUCUUCCCUUCUUCCCUUCCUCUCUUCUAUGCACGAUGGUUGAAAGAGCAUACAUAUCCCUCAUUCUGAACGACGCGUAUCUGCCUGGAGCACUUACUCUUGCUACUGCCAUCCGUCGUUCUGGCUCAACAAUCCCUCUAGCCAUCCUAGCAACCGCCGAGCAUCUUUCCCCGCACUCGCUCUCUGCCCUCGAGGCCGUCUACGACUACGUCAUUCGCGUGCCUACAAUCGCCAACCCGGCUCCCGCGAACCUCUUUGCCCUCGGUCGACUUGAUCUCUAUCUCUCGUUCACUAAAAUCCAGGCAUGGAACCAGACUCAGUUUAAACGUCUCGUUUAUCUCGACGCUGACGUACUCCCGCUCGUCAACCUCGAUCAUCUCUUUGACCUCGAGCCGUCAACUAUCGCCGCCUCCCCUGACGCCGGUUGGCCCGACAUCUUCAAUAGUGGUGUCAUUGUUCUUACUCCGAGCGCAACCGACUUUCUCGGCCUCUAUUCUCUCUCAGAGUCUGGCGAAUCCUUUGACGGCGGCGACCAAGGUUUGCUGAAUUCCUAUUUCGGCUCAAGCUGGACCAGACUGCCCUUCCUGUACAACGUCACUCCAAAUGCAUCUUACCAGUAUAUUCCGGCAUUCCGUCAUUUCGCCAAGGAUAUCAAAAUAGUUCAUUUCAUUGGCUCUGAUAAGCCAUGGACUAAAGCGCGCCCGUCCUCUGCACCGGAGCGAUCAAAAGGAGUUCCGGAAUGGUAUGUGACGGCAAACGAAGUCUACGACGACCUGUUGAGACGCUGGUGGGAAGUGUUUGACUCUGUGGAUCUGUCCUCUAAACCAUCUGAGGCAAUUGAGGAGGAAGUUCCAGAGCCGGCGCCUAGUCAGCAGUCUGCCCAGCCAGUCUCUUCCUUUGCCCGCAUCGCCAAAUGGGAUCCUUCGCACAGCGCCCCACCCGCUGAGAGUAAAGGCGAGGCUGAGGGUCUUCCGGCGCAUUUCUCUCAUGAGAAUGUGUGGGAUAGGCGCGACGGAUGGCAAGAACAGUUUGUACCUCCGCCCGUCCGCCUUCUCGAAGAGUAUAUCCCCAGCGAAUACCGCACUCCGUCUACGCCUCCUCCAGCUGCUCCGAUUGCGUCUCCCGCGCCCAAAUAUGCCCAGUCUCCAGAGUCGGAGUGGCAUAAGCCUCUGCCGGCUUGGAAUCCGCCAUCUCCGAUUCAUGUUGCGCCGACGUCGCCAGCCGCAGUUUGGUAUCCUCCAUCGCCUAUCAAACACGAUGUGGCACCUGAGCGCGCUCCAUCGCCCUAUCAGCCCGAACCCCCUCGCGAAGACACCCCUCCGCCGCCUCCUAUUUUCCCCUGGGAGCAACGGGGUGCUGUCGCUUCUGCGCGCACAUUUCCAGACGACGAGCGACGAGCUGAGGCCAAUGCUAAGGCCGCUCAACGAGAAGUUGAGGCUAGAGAGGCACGACUUGCUGCCAUUGCUAAUUUCAACGCGUCGCAAUUGGCUCAAGAUCAGGCAAAGAAGGCCGAGGAGACUGAGAAAGACGAGUCUGAAGAGAGAGUACUCGAGGCGAAAGAAAAGGAAACCGAACUGAAGGCCGACUAUGCGUUUGACGUCAAGGGAGAGACGGAACGUGCUGACGAGGAUGCAUUUGGCGGAAAUGACGCGGACGGAAAAGAUAAUGCCGAAGAUUUGGGCACCGAGCUCAAAGAAGAUCUUGUUGAAGAGGCCGUGGUCUCCAAGCUCGAAAAGCUGGAGAUUUCGGAGGGUGUCACGGCGAGUCUAAGUCCCAAGACAGCGGUAGACAGAGCCUCUCUUUCGCCUACCGGUAGUUUUUCUAGCUUCUCUUCCACGCAUUCUCAGUCCCGAUCACCGCCAAUGCGCGUAUCACCUCGGUCGGCGUUGGCUCUAAAAGCACCCUCGCAGCGUAGGACGUCAGCGAGCUACAACGCAUGGGAUCGUGAUUCGUCCAUUGUGAACGUCGCGAGACGGUUCUCGAGCACGAUCCAUAACGGAGAAGUAUCCGGCACGGACUUGCCGUUGACGCCGGAACCGAAUCGGCAGGGAUCCUUCUUUGGUUUCCAGAAAGCUCCGGCUGGUGAAGGAGAUGAUGAAGAAGAGAUUAUUGAAGGCGAUGAUGAUGAAGAGGAGCCAUGGGAUCCGUACAAAAAGCUCGAUGAGCUUUCAAAGAUGCCUGCGUUGCUUUUGGAAAAGCACAUGCAGUCUGCAAACAAAACAGAUUCGAAUGAUGCCCGGGCAGCAGAGAGUGCCAGCAUUGAAACAAAAGAGUAGACACGUUCUACUCGUCAGAUUUUGGCCGAGUAGCUGUUUAUUGUAAAAAGUGGAGGUGAAAGAUAACCGUAUACUUGUAUGGUCGUGCAUCGGAGGAAAAGUGCGGAGGAGAGUAGUUCCAUUUCUUUAUCUAUUUUGUAUGUCAAAAUGUCUGCAUCGUCUUGUUUCAUUUCUGCCAUUUUUGAUUGUUUUUUGGUUUCCAAGAAAAGCUAUUUUGCAUCAUUGAUGUAUCGUUGGAUAUUGUUUGAUACCCCAAUCUUGGUAAUUAGUCAAUUCAAGCGCAUUUUAAUACCUA